CGGAAAAGCGAUUGGUUGCUUGCGUCCGCGACCGGUCCCGCAAGAUGACAGAGAUCUUUGGAGUGUUAGACCAUCUCCAGAGUUACGCGUUGUCAGUAACAGAAACGGAAAAACAAAAAUCGGUUUGAAAAGCAGCAUCAUGUAGAUAUUGUGUACGACCUGCUUUUUAAUGAGGAAACGGGAAAGCGCAUAUGAUCGAUGGCCUGCUUUUCCAUUGUAGGGAAAAAGGUAAAAAGAGCAUGGUAUGAAAGCGUAACCUUUUUCGCUUUCUAUCUUUGCACCACUAGUUUGACUACAAGAACUAAAAACCUCUAAUGGAGCAACAGGAAAAGUGCGUAGACCUAUCACUGUCAGGCAAAACCGACAGAAAAAAUAACAAUCCAAUCCCACCAGAAUUUUGUGUGCCGACGCAAGAUUCGGAACCGAAGCCAAAGGAUCCCGGUGCUGUUGCUCUUCUAUUAUGA